AUGAGUGAAGAGAAUACAGAACAGAACACUAGUGGUUCCAAUAAUUCUGGUAAUCCAUCAUUAGCCUCACCUUUGGAUAAUGCUACUAAUGGGGCUGGUAGACCUUCGCGAAAUGUAACCGUAACAAUACAGUAUUCGUAUCUAACUCCUGAUGGUUUGGCCAAUCUAACACCAAAUGGCUUGGCCAAUUUGGCAUUUCCUAAUGGUAAUGUCUUGUCUCCGAAUAACGCAGCUAACCAGAUGAAUGGGGAUAUCGGUGCUAAUCCAGAGACGGAGGGCUCUCAAACAACACGUCCUGAUGGAGCUUUGAUUUUAUCGUUCAGUGACGUACCUUCAGGGACGCCUCAAGAAAGAUUGGAAUCCAUAGUUUCUAUAGCUGCUGAGUUGGCCAUGCGUCGUUUCAGUGACAUGGUCACACAGUCCAAGGGCAUAACAAAAGAGCAAUUUGAGCGGUUACCAGUAUUAAGGGUUGACGAUCUACAAGAUAAAGGCGACUCUGUUUGUAGUAUAUGCUACGAAAAAUAUGAGGAUGAGAAUAUAAAUAUAUUAAAGAGAACUAGAGAUGCCGAAGAAAAAGAUAAUUUUAUCAAAAGGCAGAGGUCGGAAUCUCCGAUCAUAAACAUUGACACGGAUCCUCAAAAUCAAGCUGAUGGAACCACACCUGCUGCGGUUUCCUCUUCUAGUAAUAAUCCGACAGAUAUAAUUGCACAAUCAGAUGAUGAUACCUCCAGCUAUAAGCAUUGCCCUAUCCAACUGCCUUGUGGUCAUGUUUUUGGCAGAGAGUGCUUAUAUAGAUGGUCGAGAAUGGAGAAUAGCUGUCCUCUUUGUAGAGCACCUCUUGUAGAGGUAUCACAAGAAGAAAGUCGAAAUUCAAACAGUCCGCAAAAUAAUAGCAGCGCUGAGGUCUUCGAGAGAAUUAGACAACUUGUGUAUAGUCCAGCUUUGCCAAGCGGGGACCAACGUCCAAUUGAACGGGAUGAAGGUGUAAUGCCAGAAACAGUUAUGUCGAACACUAAUGGAAGCGGUGGUUUACACACCGCAGAUACUUUAGAAACUCAGCCAUUUUCUUUCUCAAGAUCCGGCAUUGUGUUUUUGAGACCAGAUUCUCGUGGAACUGGUUUAGGAGCCCCAAAUAACGAAUCCGAAUCUCGUCUUUCAGGUGCAUCGCUGAAUUCGAAUAUUAGUGAAACUGCAACUGAUAACAUACCAGGAACUUCUGCUAAUGAAGGUGAAAGCAAUAAUACUGCAAACCAAGCAAGUGGCAAUACACCUACCGACACAUAUCAGAGUGGAACUAGAAGAAUCCAGUGGAUACCUAUACCGAUCACCACGAUCCGUUUGGGCGGACCUGGAGCUUACAGUCACAGCAACAAUAAUAACAGCAACGAUGAUAAUAACAGGGACAAUGCUGAUAGUAACAAUAGCAACAACAAUGAUAAUGAAACCGACAAUAAUACUGACAAUGACAGUAACAAUGACGCGAGUAGCGAGAAUAAUCAAAGUACUCACGGAGAUGCACUGAGAUCUAUAUUGGACAGAAUUUUUAGUGUCACACAUGCUGAGAAUACCCGUCGUCAGCAGAGCUCUUCUACGGAAAAUUCCUCAAGCAAUUCGCAGGAAAAUAUCACAAGCAAUUUAGGCAACAGCGCAACUGAACGUGAUAUGCCAAGAAGCUCCCUAAAUUCUGCUCCUCCUCGCAGAAGGUCUUUUUUACAAAAUAUAUUAAGGAUCACUAAUCGGUCUAGAAAUCGUGCUAGAAACGAUAUAAACAGGACAAAUCAGACUGAAUUACACACCUACAAUGACAAUCAACAGAAUGAUUCCGCCGAUCUCGGUAACAUGUUCAACUCCGGAGUGGCCAGUUAUAGAAAUCAGGACGGCCGUGUUUCCACAUUCAAUAUUGGUCAAGGUCCCUUGCCAGUACCACCGCGCGGUAAUCGUUCCUCUUCCAAUAAUAGUGGGACGCAAACAGAGUCCAACUCAACUCAAGGAGACGAUAACGAGUCUUCGAGGCAAAAUGCCCAUUGA